UUCCAGAGCCCUAGUUCUACCAGCCAGAUUGACACAAGCCAGCAGAAGUCCAUCUCCAAGGCGCCCCUGGUCACCAUCCAGCCGGCCGACUCACUGACCAUCGACCCGGCCCCCUCGUUCCCCGACAGCCUACAGAUCAGCUCACCCAAGCUGGAUGGCUUCCAGAUCCCCAUGCUAGACCAGAUUAAGCUGGACAAAGAGCUGAGCUCCUCCACGCCCGUGCUCGGGGACACCCCGGAGAACAACGCCUCCAAGCUGAUCAGCGACAUCGCCUCACGCUCACAGAUGACGGCCGGCACCAUGGUGGUCUCGUCGGACUCCAUGCCCACCACCAUCACGGAGAUCGCAGAGGCGCAGGAGGGCCAGGGAGAGAAGCCCAAGAGGAAGCGAGUGCGCAAACCGAAGGUGGAGAAACCGCCAGAGAUCGGUCCUGAUGGGGAGCCCCAGCCGCCCAAGGAGAAGAAAAAGAGGAAGCCUCGGGAGCCCAAAGAACCGAAAGAGCCGAAACCCCCCAAACCCCCGAAACCCCCCAAAGAGCCGAAACCUCCCAAAGAACCCAAACCGAGAAAACCGAGGGCCCCGAAGGCUCCCAAAGAGCCCAAACCUCCGAAAGAACCCAAACCCAAAACCCCCCGGGUGCGGAAGCGCAAGACAAAAGCGGAGAUAGCAGCAGAGGCAGCAGUGUUGGCGGCAGCAGAAGCAGCAGAGGCAGCAGCCGCAGCGGGGGAGGGUUCAGCACCAGCAGGUGAGGACAGCUCGGCCGAGGCUGUGUCUACCACGACCCCUGCCAUGUCAACGACCCACAGCGGGGACUCGACGGCCGCGGCCAGCGACACCAGCGCUAUGGAUACCAGCGUGGACAAGAGCAACGUGUCGACCCUGACCUUCCCCGACCAGACGCCGGGCACCAGCGGGGACACGCCCGACACGGGAGGCCUCGUGGAGAAGCCCAAAGUGCCGAAAACGAAAAAACCGCGGGCUCCCAAAACUCUGAAACUGAAACCGAAGAGAAAGAAGACGCCGGCCUCUCUGUUGUUGAAGGGUAAGAAACGCAAGAGGAAAAACUCUGGCUCGGACGCGGAGCUCAAUCUGGGCGAGAGUGACCUCUCUGUGGAGGUCGACCCCAACACGGAGAAGCGGCGGUCGGCCAGGAACACAAAGAAGACCAAGUACAUCGACGACAUUGACCUCAACUUGUCGGAGGAAGAGAAACAGGAGGACGGCGAGACCACAGACGCCCCCGUGGCCAUGAAGAAAGAAACGGAGGAGGAUACUCUACUGGUGGACAAAGUGCUGGGGGAGAGGAGGAGGAAGCUGGAGACUGAGGAGGAGAAGGAGGGAAAAGAAGAGAAGAAGGAGGAGAAGGAGGAAAAGGAAGGUGCAGAGGAGGAGAAGAAGAAGGAGGAAAGUUCUGUUCCGAAAAAGACGGAGGAAGUGGAGGAGUUCUUUGUGAAAUAUAAAAACUACUCGCAUCUUCAUUGUGAGUGGAGGACGCUGGCCGAGCUAGAGAGGGGGGACCGGAGAGUUCUCGGGAAGAUUAAACGAUUUCGUUUGAAGAAAGCUCAGAGCUAUCUGGAGGAGGAGGACGAGGACCUGUUUAACCCUGACUACGUGGAAGUGGACCGCGUCCUUGACAUGAUCGUGUCCACCGACCCGGAGACGGAGCAGGAGACGCGGCACUACCUGGUCAAGUGGCGGGCGCUGUCCUACGAGGAGGCCACCUGGGAGCUGUCGCAGGACGUCGACCCAAAGAAGGUGGAGAUGUUCAUGCGGUUCCGCGAGGCGCCCGCCGAGGACCAGCGUAAAGUGUUUGCUCGCCCGCGGCCCGGCCAGUGGAAGAAGCUGGAGGAGACGCCCGUGUACAAGAGCGAGAACUCGCUGCGGGAGUACCAGCUGGAGGGCGUCAACUGGCUCAGCUUCUGCUGGUACAACGGCCAGAACUGCAUCCUGGCCGACGAGAUGGGGCUGGGCAAGACGAUCCAGAGCAUCACCUUCCUCAACGAGAUCUACCGCUACGGCAUCAAGGGACCCUUCCUGGUCAUCGCGCCGCUCUCUACCAUCGGCAACUGGCAGCGCGAGUUCGAGACGUGGACGGACAUGAACGUUGUGGUCUUCCACGGCACCACCAUGAGCCGAAACAUGAUCAAGGAGUACGAGCUCUUCUACAAGGACGACAAGGGUCAGAGGAUCCCGGAUAUCUACCGCUUCGAGGCGCUCAUCACCACGUUCGAGAUCAUCCUCACGGACUUUGACCUUCUGGCCGACAUCGACUGGCGGUGCUGCAUCAUUGACGAGGCGCAUAGGCUGAAGAACAAGAACUGUCGCCUGCUGGAGGGGCUGCGUCUUUUUGACCUGGAGCACCGUGUGCUACUGACAGGCACGCCCCUACAGAACAACACAGAGGAGCUGUACAGCUUGCUGAACUUCCUCAGCCCCAACAAGUUCAACAGCUCGGAGAGCUUUGUCAAGGAGUUUGGGGACCUCAAGACAGAGGAGCAAGUCGGGGCUCUGAAAGAGAUCCUGAAGCCCAUGAUGCUGCGGCGUCUGAAGGAAGACGUGGAGAAAAACCUUGCGCCCAAGGAGGAGACGAUCAUCGAGGUGGAGCUGACCAACAUCCAGAAGAAGUACUACCGCGCCAUCCUGGAGCGCAACUUUGCCUUCCUGUCCAAGGGCACAGUCAGCAAUGUGCCCAACCUCAUGAACACCAUGAUGGAGCUGAGGAAGUGCUGCAACCACCCCUUCCUCAUCAACGGUGCGGAAGAGAAGAUUCUGGAAGAGGCUCGAGAGAAGAAGCCGGACGAGCCAGACAUGAUGCUCAAGUCGAUGAUCCAGUCGAGCGGGAAGAUGGUGCUGAUGGAUAAACUUCUGCCGCGCCUCAAGACCUCCGGCCACAAAGUCCUCAUUUUCUCACAGAUGAUCCGUGUCCUGGACAUCAUAGAGGACUACCUCAUCCAGCGCAAGUACUUGUACGAGCGACUGGACGGUCGCAUCAGGGGAACGGUGCGCCAGGAAGCCAUCGACCGCUUCUCGAAGCCCGAUUCCGACCGUUUUGCUUUCCUGCUGUGUACCCGGGCCGGGGGUCUGGGGAUCAACCUGACGGCUGCCGACACGGUGGUCAUCUACGACUCGGACUGGAACCCGCAGAAUGACCUCCAGGCCCAAGCCCGCUGUCACCGCAUCGGCCAGAGUAAGGCGGUCAAGGUGUACCGUCUGAUCACCCGCAACUCGUACGAGCGCGAGAUGUUCGACAAAGCCUCGCUCAAGCUGGGGCUGGACAAGGCCGUGCUCCAGUCUAUGGCCCAGGACAAGCCGGUCAACCCUGCGUCUCAGAUGACCAAGAAGGAAAUUGAAGAUCUCCUGAAGAAAGGAGCGUACGGUGCUCUGAUGGAGGACGACAACGCGGGCGACUCGUUCUGCGAGGAGGACAUCGACCAGAUCCUGCAGCGACGAACCAAGGUCAUUCAGAUUGAGUCGGAGGGCAAGGGAUCCACCUUUGCCAAGGCCAGCUUCACCAUGACGGAGAACAGGAGCGACAUCGACAUCAACGACCCCAACUUCUGGCAGAAGUGGGCCAAGAAAGCUGACAUUGACGUGGAGGCCAACGCUGCUGAGAAGGAGCUGAUCAUUGCUGAGCCCCGUCAGCGGCGACAGACCAACCGCUAUGGCAACGACGAGACUGUGAUGGAGAUCAGCGACCUUGAGUCCACCUCGGGCUCGGACAACGAGAAGGAGGGCGGCGCCGCCACCAGCACCAAGUCCUCCAAGAAGUCGAGGAAGCCGAAGAAACCUAAAGAGGACGAUGACGACGAUUACGGCAAUGACGUGCCGGGAGACAAGUACGACAGGGCCGAGUGCUUCAAAGUGGAGAAACUGCUGCUGGUUUACGGGUGGGGCCGAUGGGGUGACCUGCUGAAGCACGCCCAUUUCAAACGUCGCUUGACAGAGGACGACGUCACCAUGAUUGCCAGGGCUGUGCUGGCGCACUCUCUCAAGUUCUACAAAGGGGACGAGAAGAUCAAAGAGUUCAUCUGGGACCUCAUCUCUUCGGGGAAAGACGGAGAGCUGAAGAACCAUUCAGGUCUCUCGGCUCCCGUACCUCGCAGACGAUGAUGAGAGAGAAGAUGACAUGACCAAGGAUGAUUUGUACGAUGAUGAAAACUCUCAGAGCUCUGUCAAGGAAGGAAAGACGAAGAAGAAGAAAGGGAAGGGGGACAAGAAAAGUAAAAAGUCUGAGGCAAAAGUGGAGGAGGUGGUGGAGGGAGUUGAGGAUAAAACAGAGGCGAAAGAGGAGGAAAAAUCUGACGGGACGGCAGAGGAGAAGUCUGAGAAGUCUGGAGAGAAAGUUGACGAGGCAGGAGACAAGGAGAAGGGAGAGGAGAAGAAAGACGACGACGCCGACGACCAAGCAGACGCGAAGAAGAUGGAGGAAGAACCGGAAAAGGAAGACGUGGAUAAGAAAGCGGAGGAGAACGUGGAGGAGAGAUCGGAUGAUUUGCCAAAGGAAAAGUGUCAGGGUGUGGCAGAGAGUGGGGAUACCAGGGACGAUGCCGCAGACGGGGAAGCUGUGGAGAACGGCAGUGAUGACGGCAAGUAUCUGCCCUUCCCCGACGCCUCCAACCUGAACGUGCGGCUCAGGAAGUGCAUCACCAACUACCAGAGGCACUACAAGAAACGGAUGCUGAAGAACGAACAGCUGCAGAGGAGAAUGGAGAGAAGAGAAAAACUGGACGUCUCCAAGGACAAGGAGCGAGAUUUCAAGCGGAAGGAGAUUCAGCAGAGUCGCUGGACGCGCAGAGAAGAAGCCGAUUUCUACCGCACGGUGUCUACGUUUGGCGUGGAGUUCAGCCGCGCGGCCGGGCGCUUCCGCUGGGACCGGUUCCGAGAGCAGGCUCGGCUAGACAGGAAGCACGACGACUCGCUGACCGAGUACUUCCACGCCUUCUACUUCAUGUGUCAGCGCGUCUGUGGCAAGCUCAAGGCCAAUGACUUACCCCCCAACAUGAUCUUUGUGGAGCCCAUCACGGAGGAGCGAGCCAGCCGCUGCCUGGCACGGAUCGACCUGCUGAACAAGAUCCGCCAGGACAUUCUGAUGCACACCAUGCUGGAGGAGCGCGUCAAGCUGUGUCAGCCGUCGUACGACAUGCCCAGCUGGUGGGUCUGUGGACAGCACGACAAGGAGCUGCUCAUCGGUGCCGCUAGACACGGUGUGGCAAAGACAGACUUCAACAUCCUGCGCGACAAGACGCUCUCCUUCCACCUGGUGUUGGAGAACUCUCUGAGGUCACUCAGGGGUCACCCCGCACCCAUGGCCCCCGCCCCCAUGACCCCAUUCCAGGGGCCGCCUCGCAUCGACAUGAUGACGAGUACACCUAUCCCGAAGCAAGAGAAACUGGAACCCUUGCCUGGCGAGACGUCGGCGUCUGGUGUGACGGAGGUGAAGCCCGAGGUGAAGAUGGAGACAGAGGAGUCCGCAGCCCCAGAGAACCCUGGGGUUGUGAGCCCCGUCAAGGCUGAGAGCCCCAUGAAAACGGACAGCCCCAUGAAAACGGACAGCCCAGGGAAAACGGACAGCCCCAUAAAGACGGAGAGCCCCGGGAAAUCUGACAGCCCCUUGAAAACCGAGAGCCCUGGGAAAACAGACAGCCCCAUGAAGACGGAGAGCCCCAUAAAAACGGAGGGCUCGCCCGCAGCGCAGAAGGAGGUGAAGGAAGAAGUCGAAGCUAAGCAGGAAGAGGAGGAGAAGAUGGAUGUGUCGGAGCCUGCGGAAGACACGGCCAAAGUCUGUGAGGACCAGGAUGGACAGAGUGAGGAGAAAUGUGGGGAGGAAGAUGGUGGCGCUGCUGAGGUGAAGGAAGAUGGUGGGGCCGGUGAGGUGAAGGAAGACGUCCCCAACAAGGACCAGGACGAGGACAAGCCUGCCAGUGGAGAAGCUGAGAAGGGGGAUAAUUCUGUCGACCAGGAGAAACAAGAUGAGGAGACGGAAGGGGAGAAGAAAGGAGAGGAGAAGGGGAUUGAGGAUAAAGAAAAACCCGAACUUCCUGAGAGUGAGAAAAUGGAAGCUGAGGAGAAGGAGUCCUCGAGAGGAGGGGAUGAGGUGGAGGACGCAGUGGAAGAGAAAGACGCUGUAGAGGAGAGACCGUCUGAGAAAAGUGAUCCCGAGAAGUCAAAGGUUGAGGCCGAGGAGAAAGACGUUUGUGAGGAAAAGGAAGACUCCGCACCGGAAGUGAAUGAUGAUACGGAGAAAAAAGAUGAAGAGAAGAAAGUCGAAACGGAUGCAGAUAGUAGGGAAAAAGAUGUGGAGAGUUCUAAACCAGAUACAGAUAGUAGUGAAAAAGACGCAGAUAGUAGUAAAAAAGACGGAGAAAGCUCUAAAGCAGACGCAGAUAAUGUUGAAAAAGAUGCUGAAAGUACAAAAACAGAAAAUACAGACUCAGACAGCACCAAGGCAGCUGCAGACAGUACCGACAAAGACGUCGAGGACAAGGUCGAAGGUGAAGGACACAAGGGUGACCCUGAGCUGCCCACCUUGGAGCCCGUGAAGAUGGAGGAAGAUUUGUCUCCAGUCAACGGCAAGUCGGACAGUCAAGACGAACAGAAUGAGAAGAAAGAUGCGGUCCAAAAUAUGGACGCGGAGGAAAAAUCCAAUGUGGACUCUGAGUCGAAGAAGAGCGUGUCGUCGGACAGUGAGGCGAAGAAAGUGGAAGCAAAACGAGAGGUGGCGGAGGUGAUAGAAGUGAGAGAUGAGGAGGACGACGAAGGCAAGCCGGACUAUGUCCGCUUGAAGGAGAAGAUCAUCAAGACGGAGAUUGAGAGAAUCGCGGAGGAGAAGCUUCGUCGCGAGCGGGAGGCCAGACAGGCAGAGCUGGGGGCUGCGCCCAUCGUUGGCGGAGCCCCGGGGAUAUUUGGGGAUGAUCCGAGCUUGAUGGAGGUGGAAGGACUGGAGCCUGGAGAGAUUGCCCCAACCCGUUACUUCGGCCCGGCCGUGGAGUGGCCUAAGGAUCGAGUGAUCUUCCACCGGCUGGAGCACAUCUGCUACACCAUCGAAAACGGAGAGUGGCCCUUCUCCCGCCGCCCCCCGCAGGCGUUCUUCCCCCCAGGCACGCCCACCCACAGCUUGCAGACGCACGGCACGCCCACCCACGGGACGCCCACCCACGGCACGCCCACGCACAGCGACUCCCGCAGUGAGACGCCCGUCAGCUCCCUGCUCAAGUCAGACAGCGCCACUGGGGCUGAGUCGGACCAGAGCGAGGGUCUCCCCGGACCCCCGGACCUGAUGGGCCAGGUGAUGAUAGGGGCGGGGUCAGGGCUGGACCUGGACGCUGGAGAUAGGGAUUUCCUUGUCCAGGUGUCCUCGGAGAGAGCCGACGGCCUCAAGAUGACCUUCCACAAGCGAGGACGGGGACGACGCAGGAAGUACGAGAUAGAUCCCGACAAAGCUGGAGCAAGGCUUGUUCAUCCCCGAGCGAAAGAGGCGGGGCAGGAAGCGGCGAUCGGAGAAAAUGGCGGAGAUGGCGAUGGCGGAAGCUCUGGCGAAGAGAGAACAGGCUCGUAUCUUGGCGAUGUUAGAACCUGACAUCCGUAUCCCCAUGAUCAACCUAGAGGAUGGCAGCUUUCUGGCAGGGGAGGACGCUCCCCGGAAACGCGACCUUGAGUCGUGGAUGGCCAAACACCCGGGCUACAUGAUCGACGACUCUAUACGCCUGUUGGACCCCUACCUUGCCGAGGCGUCCCUGGCCGCUGCGGGCUUCGGCCACGGUGCCACGGGGAGUACGCCGAGCGGCGUGGGGCGGGGGAGACCCCCAGCCUCCUCACGGGCCUCAGCGCCGGGGUCGUCGGGGGUCGCGCACUCGGCCGGAGGUCACAGUCGCGGGGAGGAGGAGGAUCCGAUGGGCCCCCACGUGGUGCUGAACACGCCGGAGAUUACACAGGAGACUUUUGUACGUAGGCGGGGACGCAAGCCUCAGUUGGAUCCCCGAACUCUCAACUUGGACAAACUGACAGGCAAUGAAAAUGUGGCCGUAGUGGAUAGAUCCACAGGAAAGAAGGGCGUGCUCCCCAAGUCCAUGGACAGCCGCAUCCUGAAGCCGUCUGGCCGAGGUCGGAAGCCGCGUGAGCCGGCGCGCCACCCUCAGAUGAUGUCCGGGGAGCUGCCGUUCCCCCCCGCCUCACUCUCCGCUCUCUCAGCCUUCCAGGGGGCGGCGGCCGCCGGGCUGGUCAGCAGCUUCCCCAAACUGCCCCUGGGGCUGCCCUUUGGCACGAUGGCCGGUCUGCCGGGGCUCAACCCUCUGAUGGGGCUGCAGGGCUUAGGGCUCCCGGGGCUGGGGUUCCCUCCACACCUUGCUAAGGCUAUGGAGGAGGAGCUGAAGGAGAGAGAGAAGGAGCUGAAGGAGAGAGAGAAGGAGGCGGCGGGAGAGAGAGGAGGGGCUGGGAAGGAGGGCGGUCGAGGGGAGGGGAGUUCUGCGGGGGAGGAGGGGAAAGGAAAGAAGUCGGACGGGAAGAGUGAGCAGUCGUCGGCAUCUACCUCGUCUCUGUCCUCCUCGCUGGACGCGGCUCACCCCUCGUUCCCCCACAUGUACUUCAACCCCAUGAUGUACAACCCCCUGCUGGCCGCCGCUGCCUCGGGGGGACUCCCCAACUUCCCCCUCCCCACCUCUCUCGGGGGACUUCUACCCCCCGGUCUGGUGGCCCCACCGCACUCGUCCCCCUCCCCCAUCAAUGGUCAGCCCGACACCACCCCCUCAGACAGCCGAGACAGCAGCAGCAGCAGCAGCAAACACCACCAACAACAGCAGCACCACCGCCACCACCACCAGGACCAGCAGUACCACUACGACAAGCGCCGUAAGCACCAACACGCGCCGCACCACGCGGAGCGACCCUCGCAGCGCACGGCCUCCCCCACCGCCAUCCCACAAGCCCACGGUGCGGAAGAUCUCUCGGCCAAGAGGCACAAGUCGUCCUCCUCCCCCUCCCCCUCCUCGUACCAAGCUCAGGAUCUGUCUGUCCACCGGGCCUCGUCUCAUCUACCAUCAUCAACGUCAUCAUCGUCGUCGUCAUCUCACCAAGCCCAGGAACAGGCGACGGACUUGUCCAUGAAACCAAAAUCCAAAUCUGGGGACUGCCCCUCGCCGUCACCGGUCAGCUCGUCCUCUCAUCGUUCGUCGCCCUCUGCCCGAGCCCCGUCAUCGUCAUCCUCAUCGAGCGGGCUCAAAGUUCCGGGCAAAAACAAAAUCCAGGGAUCUCUGAAGCUGAAUAGGAUUUUAGAUUCUUUGAAAGACCGUGUUCUGAAGGGAGAUUCGAAGGAGAAGAAGGUGGAGAGGCCGGAGGGUGUCCCUGGCGUGUCGGAGACGGAGGGGAAGGAGAGUGUGGACUGUAAGCCCACAGAGACAGUCGCGACCACCCCAGUGACAGACGAGGGAGGGGAGGUCGCUGCCAGUAUAGAGGCUGCUCAGUCAGGGCAAGGGGAGGGAGGAGAGGGAGGGGAGGGGGCUGAGGAAGGGGCCGACAAGUAAAGGCUAUCAUCCCCUGCUGGUCGAAUGGCCGGUCUCUCGCUGUGUGUGGUUGGUGUGGUUCAGAGAAGAGUGAGCGUCGACUGGGUGGGGUGGCGAUGUGGAAUUGGCCAAGCUUUGUGUGGUGUUACAUCGGGGAGCUUCGAGGGACGGAUAUUCGUCGGAGGUGAUCAGUUCUUGUUCUUCUUCAGGCUCUCAACUUGGAAUGUUCCGGAUUGGAAAAGUAGCCGAGUCUUUUUGUGUGAAUCAAAAGUUGUGAACAGCGUUGUUCAAGACUUCCAGAAGUCUUACCAUCCACAUCUCUAUGGAUGGAGUCUCAAUCGGAUUGCUUGCAUAAUUGGAGCUACCGUUUCAACUGUGGAUUAAACUGGUCAGUGUUUUCGAGCGACCGCUGAGCCGGACAGUGCUGUAGAGGAGCCCCUGUAUGUCCACUCGUCCUCCAGUGAGGUGUCGGGUGAGGAGAAGUUUGUGUGGGACGCGGACUGGACACCACUGGUCAUCUUGUCCUGUCCGUCGUCCGGUGCUGGGAGUGACCAAGGAUAUACCAGUGAACUCGAUGCGCUAGUGAAUGCUUCUUGUAAAGCUCUUUUUUU